UUCUGUCAUUGCAUUCGGCGGGUAGGAAUCACAAGAAACAAGAAUCGAGAAUAAAAGAAUAAGAAACACCAUAAAACACACAAGAAACCGAAACAACAAACAAAAACAAAUCUAGUAAAAUUAACAAUAAGAAGAAAAAAAACCACAGCUUGCCUUUAUUUUUUUCACGUUUAAGUGCAACCAAAAAGAAGAAGCAGAAACAAGAAGAAAGGAGAGGAGAAGCAGCAGCAAAGUGCUUAAUAAUUCUAACGUUUAUGCAACUAAAACAAAAAUAUAAGAAUCAAUAUUAGCAACUAUAUAGAACAGCAAGCCAAAACCACCGAAUAAUCAACAACUUUAAAAACGUCAAAAAACUCACCAACUUAAACAAUAAAACUCAACAACCAACAAGAUCAAACACAACAAACUCCAAUCGGCACAUAGAAACAAAAACGUCAAUAAAUUUUAAAAAUAUAUUUUAAAAGCAGUUUCAAGUUUCAACAGCAAUUUUCACCAACAACUCAAUAUAUUUCCAACAAUUUCUAACAAAAAAAUCUUUCUUUAGAAAACCUUUUUUUUUGACAAAAAAUAUAAACACUUCAAAAAUUUUGUUAACAAUUUUCGCGAUAACUUUCAAGGUGUCGGGACUUAAAGCUGCCUCUGUCCUGCUCUCUCGCGUGUAUUCGUCCUAUUUCGCAUUGGUGUACGAGUGUUGUACUAUUUUUUCCAACAUAUAUUUUUGUUGUGUUACGUUUUCGUCCUUGCCACGUGCGAGUGUGUCCUGUGUGCGAGAAGAGGGAGUGCGCUAGUUUGUGUAUGCUAUGUCAGGGAUCGGGGGCAUUAUGGCGCUCCUCCAGGCGGCUAAAUUUAUCGAGCAGAAUGAGACGCUCCCGCAGGCGGGAGGCGGUGUCGGCCUGGGUGUGGGCGUGGCCCUGCCCCAGAAUCAGCAGCAACAACAGUCGUCGGUACACUGCAAGAGCAUCUCCAUUAUCAACAACAACAAUAGCAGCCAGCACAAUAGAAAUAGCAGCAGUAACGGGAUUAUUGCAACGCCACCGUUCACGAACGGAAAUGGCAACGGGAUCGUCAACGUAUUAAACGUGACAGGCAGCGUUAAAGUCUAUGCGAACAGCAACGGUCACAGCAGUCCGCGCAGUCAAUUAGCCGCCGCUGCCCACGACUACGAGCUUACCGCCGUAAGCAGCGCAGUCGCCAACGGACACAGCGAAGGUCGCCCCCUCAUCUCGGAGGAUGAUAAUUCCUCAAUCAACAAGAACAACAACAAUACCCACUCCCCAAAACAACAACCUAUUGCUGCGGGGAGAGCAACAACAACAGCAGCGGGAGCAACAGCAACCACAAAGUUGAUGGGAAAUUCAGUCUCACCUGCCACAAACUCCCCCACAAUCACCCCCCUAAAUACCACCCCCUCGCCUGCCUCCUCUGCCUUCAUGUUACUGGCAGCAGCAGCAGCGAAAACCACUGCAACACCUGCAACUGCAACAUCUGCUGCACUUGCAACUGUGCCAGCAGUAGCAACAUCUAAUCCUGCCAAGCACAAACUGAGUCCCAUCGCCGAGAUACCGCCCAAACUUCGAUUCGUAGCGGAUGUCAAGGUCAAUUCCACGGACACGAAUCUAAAUGCCUUAAUACCAACGAUCAGUAUAUACCAGAAUAUGCCAAAGCAGCGCAGAGAGCAAUUCAGUCCAUACUUCGGUAGAUUGCGACCGGGGGACAUCUCAUUGACACCACCGCCCACCGCCACGCGAAAAGUGGACACCAGCAAUUCGCGGAUCCGCUCCUACUCACUGUCCAAUACCUUUUCAGCACCCAGGGAUCAGCAGGAUCAGCAUAACAAUGCCAACUAUGUGCAAUUCCAGCAGCAUCUCAGCUAUGUGAGAAGCGGCAAUGGCGGAGUGGUCUAUGGGGUGCCAGCGGAUUCGUUGGACUCUUCCGGAGCAUCCGGAACUUCCGGAAAUGGAGCGGUAGCGAUGGCCCUGAACAUCGCCUCCUCGGCGCCAGCGGCGGGAUCUCAGUUGACGGCACACCACCACACGGGACACGGCGGUCGCAGGCGCACCACCAGUUCCAACAGCAACGGAGCGGGCACCCGGGAGGUGCACAAUAAGCUGGAAAAGGAACGACGUGCCCAGUUAAAGGAGUGCUACGACCUGCUCAAAAAGGAGCUUCCCAUGCGAGAUGAGGACCGAAAGAAGACCUCAAACUUGACAAUACUCGAUACGGCCCACAAAUUUGUCAAGCAAUUGACGCAGCGUGAUCGCGAGCAGGAGGCGGAGGUGGAGAGGCUGGCGAAGCAGAAGAUCGAGCUGCAAAAGCGGCUGAAGCGAUUGGGAUUAAGGAGGGAGACGCCGCCCACUGAUCAGCAAAGCAUUCCACAGGCCGACAAAGCUGUUUGCCUGGCAACAACAACCACACCAGCACCACCAACGGCGGCAAGUGGUCGCAAUGGAACCACGAUUCUAUUCGAUGCAGGCAACGCCUGUGCCACUGGGCAGCAGCUUACAACUGUGAUAAACAAAAUAAAUGCCACACCAGCAGGACCAUCAGCAGCAGGAGCAACCGCAGCCAGCAGCAGACACAACGGCAACCACACAGGAGCAGGAGGAGCAACAACCGCACUGACUCCGGCCAUGGGGAUCAUGACAAUUAAGAACGGCAAUGGCGUUAACAACAACAUACUGGCAAUCUCACCAACAGCAAUCCAACAUCAACUGCAUCAGAGCCAGAACGGCGGUAGCCCGGCGGGUAGUCCAUCGGCAAUAGGAGCAACUGGAGCCACAAUUAUACGUGGCUCGCCCACGCCAUCGACUCCAUCGCCGUCGCCAAGCUCAUCGUCCAGUGGCGUCUCAUCGUCGGCUUCGUUUAUGGGCGGUGGCUCCUCCUCAUCGUCCUCCUCCUCAUCAUCAUCCUCGUCAUCCUCAUCCUCCUCGUCAUCUUCAUCCUCCAGCUCGUCGUCCAGUUCGUCGUCGCCCACGCAACAACAACAGACCACCACGCCCACAACAACGGCCACCGCCCAUUUGGUGGGCGGCCGCAAUGUUGGUCUGAAAUUCCAUGGCGGUGCGGGUGGUGCGGCCACCGCUUUGAAUGGCGGUGCCACUAUCGUGGCCGCUGCUGUGCCAACUGGCGGUGGAUCAGCAAAUGGUUUUCAUCAGGCGGAUAAGGAUCGCAAUUACAAUUUUCUGAUGCUCAGUGCUGGGACAACCGCACAGUAAACCAACAAAAAACAAACGAAAAAACAGCAACAAACAAACACCUACAACAAUAAUGAAAACAACAACAACAACAACAACUGAAUUGUGUGCAACAGCUCCCACCUUACGAAAAAGUAACAACAACUAGAAGAAGGUUCUCUAAAAAACUCUUUCUUAAAAUAUGAUACAACAAAUAUUGCGUAUUUUUCACAUUUUCGCACACAUUGAAACAACAACAACAACAACAGCAGUAGCAAAAAGCAAACAGCAAAAAGAAACAAAGAAAAAGCUGUAAUUUUUUAUGUAAAACAAAAAGAAAAACAAAAGCUAUCAAACAGUUCCGCCCAACACUUAGCAUCGAUUUUGAAAAUCAAACAAAUCAACAAAAUGAAGAGGAAAAUUAUUUUUUAAUAAAUAAUUUUAUAAAAACAACAAAAACGCGGGAGGAAAAGCUAGCAACAACACCAAGAAUACGCAAACAACCAACAGCAACCACAACAGCAACAGCAGAAGACCAAUUAAAUAAAUAUAAAGCAGCAACAACAGGCAUCAUUCAACAAGAACAGCUUAAAAUCCCACAACAAGAUAAUCUACAACAUACACACACAGGCCCAUCAACAUGCAUAUAUACUAUAUAUAUUAUAUAUCUAAUUGUACUACUUUAUAGUAAAGCCUAGAAAAGAAAAAAAAAAAACACCAAGAAGAUAGCACACUUAAAUGUAAAACAGAAAAAACAAAACCAAAAUGCGCUGUUGAAACAGAAACCACCAAUGGGUAACGCUUUAUAAAUAUAUAUAUAUAUAUAUAUCUAUAUAUAUAUUUAACUUAGAAGAAGAAGAUUAUAAAUUAGAAAUAUGUAAAAGCCGGAUUUCCAAAAUUGAUGUGGCAAAGAAAAAAAGCUAAAACGAAAACAGUUUGAUGUCCCUUUUCUUGACCAAAACCUGACCCAGAAAUAAUUUCUUUUGGAUAUACUUUCUUCUUCUUUCAAAAAGCGAAACCACAAAAACAAAAAAAAACAAAAAACAGAAACGAAGCAAAAAUCAAAUCAAUAGAAUUAUAUCAAAUUAGAAUGUUUGUAAGUCAAGUAUGUGUGUGUUUGCAAACAAAACAUUAACCAAUAGCAUGUAAAACUAAAGAACAGAAAAGCUGGCGAGAUAAUGUUGUAUAUGUGUAAUACCCACUUGAAUUAGAUAUUAAUGUAGCAAGCAAACAAAAAAAACAUCGUAGGAAAAAUGUGUAAUAGUGCAAUAAGCUAACAAAAGCCACACCCAAACCCGCCCUACUUCCCCCAAUUUAACCCAAUUUUUUAGAGAAUUUUUAUUUUGAUCUUGUUCUGGAAAGACACGCAUAUAAGACAUUAUCAUAUAAUAUGUAGUGAUUGCGUAAAACCAUACCUUCUCUUGCAAAUUAAAUUCCUGCCUUAAUGCCAUUUAAACGGAACAGUAAGAAGAUAAAAGGCCCCAAAAUUUGAUACACCACAAAACAAAAAAGAAGCCUAUAAAAAUAUUUAUAUACAAGGAAUGGUAAAAAAAAGAACGAAAAUAGCUUAGAAAUAGAAAACACAAUUAUCACUAUAAGGAAAAAAAUCUAGCAAAAAGCAACAACACAAAACUGAAUGUUAUAUUUUGGAGCAUUUUUUUCAAUGUGUAUGUGUUAGCAUAUAUAUUACAUAUAUAUAUAUCUAGAAAGAAAGUGAAGGACGAUUGAUAAAAGUAUUAGCAAAAGAUAUCUCUUGAACAAUAAAAAAGGACAGAGAGAGAUGGAAAGAGCAGGUCGUCUCUUUCUACUCCCCUUAA